AUGACUGGAAUAUUUCAGUUGUUAAUAUUGGUCAGCGCGACUCUGGCCUCCGAGCCAUCGUGUCCAGCGUGCUCAAAAUACGAUUAUGAGGAAAAAGUGCUCGAGAGAAUGAUUCGCAUGGAAUUCGCUUUUGAGAAAGUGAUGAACGAAAACAAAGCUGUGAGCAAAACUGUUGAACAAGAUCUAACGUGUAUCAAGGAAGAAAACGAACGUUUGCACGCCACCGUUGACGCUCUAAAGGACCAACAGGAGCAAGCAGAACGUAGACUGAUUUCGCUCAUGUAUGAAGUUGAAAAAAACCAGUCUAGUGCACUUGAGAAUGUUGUGACCGAGGCUAACAAUACGUUAAAACAAAUAAGUGCCGCCUUCAAUGAUAUAAAAGAUCAAGUAAUCAUCCCAGCGGUGUAUUUCCACGCCCGCUCUCCACCGACCAGAAGUCUGUCCACAGGUGAGGUGAUAGUGUACUCGACAGUGGAAACCAACCAGGGCAACGGCUACAGUGCCACUACGGGCAAGUUCACUGCUCCAACACGGGGGCUCUACUUGUUAGUCACGCACACCUGUACGCCUCCAAAUAAAUAUUCUUUACUCCAGAUAGUGAAGGAAGGCUCCGUCCUUAUUGCAAGUAAUCGUUAUGACGCGGCUUAUGGCUGUUUAAGUAGUCAAGUGUUUGUACAGCUUGAUGCCGGAGAAUCAGUCUGGAUACAAUGUUCCAGUGGGGGCUCGAACACACAACUGUUUGAGAAUUCCAGUUAUUGGACAAGUUUUGGUGGUGCUCUCAUUCACAACUGA